AUGAAUAAAAAAACUUAUCCAUCAGAUAUUCAAUUUGAAUUAGAUCCUUAUAAACGACCACAACAGAAAAUUGCUUUACUUUGUGGUUCACCAGGAGCUGGAAAAACAACUCUUGCACAUGUUGUGGCUCGACAUGCAGGAUAUAAUGUUAUUGAAAUGAAUGCAAGUGAUGAUCGAAGUGUAGAAUUAUUUCGUACAAGACUUGAAACAGCAACACAAAUGCGAGAACUAUUAAGUAAAGAUUAUAGACCAAAUUGUCUUCUAAUUGAUGAAAUUGAUGGAGCACCAGCGCCUUCAGUACAAUUACUUGUUGACUUAAUUACUCGCACACCAGUUGAUCAACAACAAGCAAGUAAUAAAACAAAGAAAAAUAAUUCAUUUGUCCUUCUUCGACCAGUUAUCUGUAUUUGUAAUGAUUUAUAUGUACCAGCUUUAAGACCUCUUCGUCAAAUAGCUCUUAUAUUGAAUUUUCCACGUAUUGAACAAACUGUACUUGCUAAACGUUUAUUAACAAUUUCCGAACAAUUGAAUAUUCAAAGUGAUUUAAUUACAUUGAAUAGUCUAUGUGCAAAAGCAGCAUGUGAUAUUCGAUCAUGUCUUCAUUUUAUGCAAUUUGUUGUUACUCAACAAAAUCGAAUAAUAACAAAAAAAAUGGUUGAAACUACAACCGUACUUGGAGUUAAAGAUGCUCAAAAAAGUUUAUUUGAAAUAUGGACUGAAAUCUUACAAGUACCACCAUCAAAGAAAACACAAUUAACACUUCAAUUGGAUGAUCCACUCAAACGUUCAGGCAAAGUACCAUUAACAAGACGUUUACAAUUACUCGAUUUAGUCUCAAGUAUAGGUAAUUAUGAUCGGAUCUACGAUGGUCUAUUCGAACAUUAUCUAACACUUCAUUUUCAUGAUCCUAAAUUAACUUCUAUCGAUUAUGCUAAUAGUUGGUUAUUAUUCUAUGAUAUAAUUAAUAAAGAAAUGUAUACUCAACAAAAUUAUUCAUUUUGGAAAUAUGCACCUUAUGUUGCUCUGGUAUUUCAUCUUUUAUUUAUAACACAUCGACCUAUUCAAAUGAAAUAUCCUCAAAAACAAUUUGAAAUGCAAAAUAAACUACGUACAAAUAUAACAACGAUUGAAACAAUGCUAAAUGAUAUACUACCUAAUCUUCGUCAAUAUCUUGAUAAAGAUAUUCUUAUUCUCGAUAUUCUUCCAUAUAUGCUUGAAAUUCUUCAACCACGUCUUCGACAAACAAAUAUUGCAUUAUUUACUAAUAAAGAAAUGCGAGAUAUAAAAACAUUAAUCGAUGUUAUGAUUACAUUUAAUUUAUCUUACAUUCAACAACGAACUGCAAAUGGUGAAAAUGUUCUUGUAUUUGAACCACCUGUUGAUACAGUUGCUUAUUUUUCUGGUACACAUGAAAAACGUGGUUUAUCAUUUGGUACACGUCAAAUGAUAUUUAAGGAAUUACUUAAAGAACGUGUUAAACGAAAUAUUCGUCUUAAAUCUGAUAAACAAGAAAUGUUGGUUUCAGUUAAACGUCCAGUUGAUUCAACGCCUAAACCAAAACCAUCUCAAAUUGAUAUGAUUAAAUUACAACCAAAGGUUAUCACUCCAAAUGAAACUAAUGUUACAAGAGAUUUUUUUGCUAAAUUUAAACUUGGUUCAAAAAAUCAACAAAUAACAUCAAAAUCAUUCGAUCAAGCUGAUUCAACUAAUAAACCAAUUGAACGGAAAGCAUUAAUUUCAUUUGCAUACAAUGAAGGUUUUUCGGAUGCUAUACGAUGUAAAAUUAAAAUUCAAGAUCUUCUCUAA